AUGUACGUACAGAAGCACUACAUCCCUAGCAGCAAGGACAAGGACAAGCUGUACCUGUUUGACAAAAUAACUAUUUAUAAAAAUCACUUUGACAAGUAUGAAGAAAAGAAUGAUGAGAAAUUGUCCAAUUUAAAGAAAAUCCUGAAGAUAUAUGAAAAUGUAACGACGAACGAAAAAAAAAAGCUCUACGAAUUGAUAAAGUUCUUCUCCUUCACUCAAGGAGGAUUUCAAAAUGACAAACUGAGACAGAAGUUGUGGCUACUCCUACUCGGAUUUAACAUCAAUUUGUCGAAAGAAAAAAAUUAUAAUGAUCACCCGAUAUCCAUCCUUUGCAUGAAACAUAAAAAUAAGUUUAAAUUUGUGAAUUCGGCCAAGCACUUUAAAUUAAAAUGGAUUCAACAGGAGGACGGGUCGGGUGAUUGGCGCCCGCGUGAAUGUGCCAAAGAUGAUUUGCGGCACAAAGGAGGAGGGACUACUCCAAGUGCGCAGAGUCAAAAUAAUAUUUACUAUUAUGAUAAUUUUUCAUGCCCCCGGAAGAAGGAAUUUGUUUUCACCUACGGGAAAAGUAUCCCAAAAAAAAAAAAUAAAAUUGUCAAACGUGAAAUAGAGAAAAAGGCAAAAAAAUGCAUCCAAAAGAAGACGAAAAAAAUCAUUCAUUUUCUGCUGAAUAUUGAUAAGGAGAAAAAUAAUUAUGAUAAAAAAAAAAACAUAAAAUUUAUCAUAAAAUUGUUCAAAGUUAUUUAUAAAAAUAUGUUAGAGGUGGAUCUCUACAUAGUCGAUUAUAUCCUUCGAAAAAAUCAGAGAACAGAAGAAACCAAUAUUAUGUCCUACUUAAAAUAUAACAUUGAAAAUAAUUACAACUUUAAUUCAAAUCUUAACAAAUGGAUUAUUGACAGCGUCCUACUCGACGAAAAUGAAAGAGUGCAAGUGAAGAAGGACGUUAAGAGAAGUGUUAACACGUGGAAUAUACACAAGUACAAUAUAUACGAAAUUAAAAAAAAGUAUCAAUAUAUUUUAAAAAAUGUCAUUUGCAGCAUUUUGUAUAAACACUCGAACAAAAUUUAUUACGCGCAGGGGGUACAUGACGUUUGUCUCGUUUUCGUCACGUUAUAUUUUCAUAACUUUUUGAGGAGGUACAAAAAGUACGUCUUCUUGGAACACUUCAUAUCCAAAUUUGUUGUAAACAAAAUUUGUGAUUUGAUUUUUUCAAAGUUGAGAAGAACUGAGUGUAAUGGCCACCACCACCCGGAUGGGUCUACCAACACUCAGGAGGUUUGUUUUGUGCAGCAGGGGGGUGCAAGGGAGCAGGGAGGUGCAAAGGAGCAGCAAGGUGCAAUGGAGCAGGAAGGUGCAAGGGAGCAGGGAGGAAAAACCCCUUCUCCCCCCUUUGGACAUCCUAAUGAAGAUAGUGAAGCGAAUGGAGGUCCGCCCCCCCAGAAGCGGAAGGGACCAAUAAACGGAGGAAAUAUUUUCCAAAACAACAUCUUCGACAUGUUUCUCAUGGAGGAGAAGUACAUCGAAAAAAUAUGCUUGCUGAAUAAUAUUAACCUGGAGAGAUACAUAAAGUAUAAAAAGAAGAAAAAAAAAAAAGAGUACAUCGUUUACCUCCUAUGCGAGCGCUUCCUCCUUUUUUAUAUGAUUGAUUAUUUAACGUUAUCGCUGGACGUGUCGAUUAACAACACCUUUAAGAGCAUCGGAUUGCUGCUCAAGUAUAUAGACAAGGAGGUCUACAACGUGUUCUGCCUUCUCCAAAAGGAGCAGCAGUAUGAAAACAUGAAAUAUGUGAAUCGAAGUGAGAGGGCUAGUUUGGGUCAAUGUCACAACAACGAGGAAAGAGGCACCAACAACAAAGGGAAAAAGACACAGAGUGACUCCAAAAGUGAUACGAACGAACUAGAAAAUAAGAGAAACUCCCUCAAGUUAAGUGGCACCGAGUUCUUCUUCUGUCUAAGUUGGGUCGUAACGUACUACUCUCACGUAUUCACCGAGUUUGAGAAGCUCGCCAGGAUUUUCGACACACUCCUCUCCAACGAUGGCAUAUUUAUAAUAUACUUCACCAGCUCCAUCAUCCUGCACAAGAAGGAGGAACUAAUACAGAUAGUCAACAAAAAAAAGAAGGACAUGCUCUACAACAGCAUGUACACAGAAACGCAUUACAUUUUUCAAAACAUGAAAUGGAAGGACAUGAAUGUAGAUAACAUAAUUAAAAAAACUUAUUACUAUAUGAAUUAUAAAAUUCCACAGGAUAUCUUUUUGGAGAAAAUAAAAAAGAAAAUAUCCUUCCCUCCCUUCUCCCCCAUUUAUAGCUACCCUUUCAUUUUGCACUACUUCCAUUAUGAGAAGGAGCGGGAGGAGUUGCGCAACAGGUCGGUGGAGAAGUCAAUUUGGAGCUUCUACACGUACAGCAAGCUGAGGAGUGAGGAGGAGCGGCAGGAGGGGCGGCAGGAGGGGCGGCAGGAGGGGCGGCAGGAGGGGCUGCAGGAGGAGCAGCAGAAUGGGCGGAAGGAUGGACAGCAGAAUGGGCGGAAGGAUGGACAGCAGGAUGGGCGGAAGGAUGGACAGCAGGAUGGGCGGCAAGAUGAACAGGCGGAACAGCCGCCGAAGCCGCCGAAACCGCAGGGCGAGGACCCCCCCGCGAACGCGUGUAGCCUGAGCGUCCCGCCCAACAAAAUGAAAACGUACGACGAGUACAUCCACGACCUGCUGGAUAAGCAGAGCGGGGGGAACUCCAAGGGAAAGAGGAAGAAUCCAUUAUGGAGAGGAGAAAAACACAACAAAGAUGAUAACAACAUCUACCUGCACUACCCCUAUUCUAUUCUCUGCAACCAUUUAGAAAUGAAUAAAGAAAUUAUAAAAAAGCACCUCCUCGUGGAAGACUUCUUCCAAUAUGUGUUCUACGACUUCAUCGUAAGCUACAAGGACAUCUGCAACAAGCACAGGAUAAAGUCCAAAAAAAAAUGUUACAUCAUUCAGUACAUCAAAGUGAAGGGCAGAAGGGAACACCUAUUGAUAAAGAGAAAAAAAAGGAAAAAAAAAAACAAGUAUGAAAAAAUUCUGCACAGAAUGGCAAAACAUGUUAUGUUUUUAUAUCAGCACACAUGUAGAAAGAAGAAAAGAAACAAAAAAUAUAUGUAUAUGAAUUUUGUGACCAAGGGGAAAAAAAACACCCCCCUCUCCUUUCACAAUUUGGCGCAUCAUAAACGUAGUCAAAAAACAAUAGCCAUCAUCCCCCCCAUUUAUAAGUACAUUGUCCAGGAUAGCCUCGUUAUGGAGAAUUUGGGCCACUCCUCCAAGAAAAACAAGCUCAAUAAAACGGCAGACAAAGACAGGCUCCAGAAGCAGCAGAAGCGCCUGCCCUACAUCUACUACUUGCUUCAAGCGUCCAUUAACGACUCGCCCUACCUCAAUUUCUUUCUCUUUUUUUUUGUGGUGUCCCUGUUCUCCUCUUUGCUGUACUACCACCGCUGA